GGGCUGGUGGGAUUAAACAGACAUUACUGCUGUGAGGGGACACAUGGAUGAGCUGCUUUCAGUUAGUUUGGGUUAGUUUUGUUGUUGGGUUGCUUUGCUUUAUGACCCCACUUAACCACCUAAGUUUGGAUCAUAUAGGGUUGGGUUCCACAUGAAUGGAUUACAGACAGUUUUGUCUCUGUGAAAUCAGACGUGGUUUGUAACCAGCAUGGGAUACUGAGAGGAUUUUACCAGCAGCAGAGCUCAAACCUGAGCUGGACCACUGAGGAGUCUGCUGAAGGGGGAGAGAGGAGGAAGAGAAAAACAGGAGAGGAAACAGAAACAAAGGAAAGGAGUCUGGUAGUAAGACAAAGAGGAAGAACUAGGCAGCAGAGGGAAAGAGGGUGACACUGUCUGUUGAGCAUUGGAGGUUUGGUGAUGGGAAACUGCACCAAACCAUCCAAGAAACAAAAAAUGAAAAAGGAGGCAAAGGACCAGCCUGAAACAGGCAAAGGGCAAGCAGUGGCCAAUCAGGGUGUGCAUCUGGAGGCAGAGGAGGAUCAGGACAUGGAGGAUAGUCCAUUCACAGAUCCCCUUGGUGCGCUGGUGAAGAACUGCAACAUGCUGCACCUGGCAGGCCCAGCCUGCAUCUUCCUUAAACAUGGCUUUGCACAGACAUUCGACCGAGAGUUGAGACCAGAGGAGAUUGAUGAACUCCGAGAGGCAUUUACAGAGUUUAUGAAUAAAGACGGCUACAUCAAGACGCAAGAUCUGGGGGAGUGCAUGAGGACCAUGGGAUACAUGCCCACAGAGAUGGAGCUCAUUGAGCUGAGCCAGCAGAUCUGUGGAGGUAAAGUGGACUUUGAGGACUUUGUGGAGCUGAUGGGACCAAAGAUGCUGGCAGAGACAGCAGACAUGAUCGGAGUCAAAGAACUGCGAGAUGCAUUCAAAGAGUUUGACUCCAAUGGUGAUGGUCAGAUCAGUUUGACGGAGUUGCGUGAGGCCAUGAAGAAGCUGAUGGGGGAACAAGUGACCAACAGGGAGAUAAAUGAGAUCCUGCGAGAUGUUGACCUCAAUGGAGAUGGUCUGGUGGACUUUGAGGAGUUUGUGCGAAUGAUGUCACGCUGACCUGUUCAAAUGAACACACAGACUUUAUGCAACUGCUGGAUUAGGGAACACUAUACUGUAGUGAAUGUCCUUCAUUUGCCCGUCAAAGCAUGCAUUUAAACGCAUAUUUUUAUAUCAAGUAAUAAAAAAGAAAAAUGUUCUGGACAGAGAAAAAACUCUUUAACAUAACUGCAUACAUAUGAAGUUGACUUACAGCAGAUAAAACAUUUAAACAUAUCAGAGGCUGCAUACAUUCAUAUUCAUGACUUAGUGUUUUUUUAGAUGUAUUUUUAUAUAUCAGUGUUUAUCCUAUGAGUGUAAAUUAUUGUUUGUAAAAACCUUUUCUAAUUAAAAACAAUGCAAAAAUGG